CCCACUUAUAUAACAUGGCAGAUCGAGGACGGAGUCGCAGGUCUGAUUCAAGAAAUGGUCAUGUCUCAGAGAAUAAUACUUACGACCAGCAAGGUCGACAUGAUGAUGAGAGUGAUGAAUAUCCCGAGAGCAUUGGAAUGGAAGAUAGGAGUGGAGGGAUAACUGAUGAUCUGGGCCCAAGGCGUAGGGAUAUUGUGCCCUGGAAUGGAGGAUAUCAUGGCGACGAAGAGCGAGAAUUGCAAAGCCCAGCGCAUUCAAGGGUUUCGGAUAGGGAAUACAGAAAUAGGAGUUUCCUAUAUUAUGAAGAGCAUCGUUCGGAUAGAGGAUACAGAAACAUGGCUUACAGAAAUACCGAGAUUCAAAAUGUAGAUUACCGACAACAACUGAUGAAAAGACAGCAAGUGUAUGAAAUGGCCGAACACAGGGCUGAAGAUUAUGGUCGUGCUGUGCAACAUCAGGGUCCUUCAAGGAUGAGCUACAGGGAGAGUGGAUUUUAUGUUCAGCAAGAUCGAGAUCCAAAUGAAAGAGCUUAUCCAGAAAACAUGGAAAUGAGUUACGAAGAGCGCGGGCUACCUGCCGUUUAUUCACACCAGUACCCUGCGCCGGGGGAGAUGCAAAUGGAUCGUGGCCCCCAACCCAGUUUGCAGCUCCAUCAAGGAUAUCAACAUUCAGCUGCAUGGCACACUCAAGUUCCAUUUGUAGUUGUACCACAACCACAGCAUCAACAACAGCCGCCUCAGCCAGAGGAGGAGGAAGAGAAGAAGCCGAGAAAAGUUUGGUGGUAUACCACUUGUCGCGUCUUCUCUGCAGUCUUGAUCAUUCUCAAUCUUGUUUCAGAUUGGCUGCAAUACUCCGACAUGAGCGAUCCUGUUGGGGAUAUAAAAGAGAUACUCAGUGGAAAAAAGGAAAUCUGUGCCAACGGUCAAAAGACGGACAAAAGUGAAAAAAACGCUGAACAAUUCUUGUAUUUAACCAUUGCAGGGACCGUGAUUGCUGUUCUACAAAUGGCUAACAUCAUCUAUCAGAUCGUUCAGAACCACCGACUACAGCCUGAUAUUGAAAUCACCGAUUAUGUGGACGAGCGAACCGAAAUUUUUCUUGUAAACGCAUUUAUAAAAAUUCCACAAAAUUUUUUACUUCAUCGCUUCGAAGAAAGUUUAUCUGAAACAUGUUUCGAAUGCAAAGUGUGGGACGCCGGGAGAAUCAGACGUUUUCUAAACGGCCUGUCUGCUCUUCUAAGCACUGGUUGGCGUUAUUUGACGAACCUGAAGGUUUCAGCCGGUAACACAAAAUGUGACUGUUCAAACGUCUGUUCUAGAUUUUGUGAAAAAUUUGUCGCUUGCCUGACCGCUUGUUUGACCAAAUACCUAAAGAAAUGCUUCCGUGGUUUGAUCAAGUGCUGUUGUCCAUGUUGCUGUUGUUGUUUUGACUGUAAGACGUUUAUUCCUUGUUGCUGCUGCUAUAUCAGUUGUAUAAAAGGCAAGAUGUCAACCGAGUGUGUCUGUAGUAACUGCAAACUUUGCGACCCAAAAGCGCCCUCUGUCUUCGCGGACCUGGCCGCUUUACCUACCGGUCUGUACACGUUCCUAUACACAGCUAGGAUAGUGAAAUACUUCUGUGGCAUCUCCUCCAUACUUGUAUUUUCCUGGUAUACUGAUGUGGCUAAUUUUAUUACCGGAAAAAUAUUUUUCUGGCUUUGGGACAAAAUCUUUUAACUAUAUAUUUAGA